AUGGCGACCAACGUGCCGACGGUUUGCCCCGCACCCAUGAAGGCGACAUCAAAUGGUUCUUUCCAAGGUGAGAACCCGCUGGAUUACGCGCUUCCCCUCGCAAUCCUUCAGAUAUGUCUGGUCGUGGCGUUUACGAGGUUGCUUUCCUUCCUUCUUAAACCCCUCAGACAACCAAGAGUUAUUGCUGAGAUUAUUGGAGGUAUCCUGCUUGGGCCCUCUGCGUUGGGGCGAAGCGAGAAGUUUCUGCACACAGUGUUUCCGGCAAAGAGCAUGACGGUGCUGGAUACGCUGGCCAACAUUGGGUUGCUCUUCUUCUUGUUUUUAGUGGGUUUGGAGCUUGAUCUCCGCGCCAUCCGUCGCACCGGUAAGAAAGCCCUGGGAAUAGCCGUCGUCGGAAUCAGCCUCCCCUUCCUGCUGGGCAUAGCUACCUCCGUUGUUCUGCGUGCCACCGUCUCCAAAGGAGUCAGCCAAGGCCCUUUCAUUAUCUUCAUGGGUGUCUCCUUAUCCAUCACCGCCUUCCCUGUCCUCGCCCGCAUUCUGGCCGAGCUCAAACUCCUCACCACCGACGUCGGCCGCAUGGCAAUGUCUGCGGCCGCCGUCAACGACGUCGCCGCCUGGAUUCUGCUAGCCCUCGCCAUCGCUCUCUCCGGCGACAAGACAUCCUCCCCCCUCAUCCCCCUGUGGGUCCUCCUCUGCGGUGCUGCGUUUGUUGGGUUUGCAGUCAUAGCGGUGAGGCCGGUGCUAGGGGUGAUGGCCCGUCGGUCCCAGGAGGGGGAGCCGGUGAGGGAGCUGUACAUAUGCAUCACCCUGUCCGUGGUUCUGGCGGCGGGGUUCCUGACGGACACCAUCGGAAUACACGCGCUGUUUGGGGCAUUCGUGGUGGGAAUAGUGAUGCCAAAGGAAGGGCCGUUCGCGGGGGUGUUGAUAGAGAAGAUAGAGGAUCUUGUAUCGGGGCUGUUGUUGCCGCUUUACUUCAUCUCCAGUGGGCUGAAGACCAACGUGGCUACCAUCAGCGGAGCGGAGUCAUGGGCUUUGUUGGCUCUUGUUAUAUUCACGGCUUGCUUUGGCAAGAUUGUUGGGACCUUGACGGUGUCAAUGAUGUUAAAGAUGCCUGUCAGGGAGGCAGCAGCACUCGGAUUUCUCAUGAACACCAAGGGCUUGGUGGAGCUCAUCGUCCUUAACAUAGGCAAGGACCGCAAGGUUUUGAAUGACCAAACUUUCGCCAUCUUGGUGCUAAUGGCAUUAUUCACCACCUUCAUCACUACCCCAAUUGUGAUGGCUGUAUACAAGCCUGCUAGAAAGGUAGGACCAUACAAGCACCGGAGCGUGGGCCGCAAAGACUUGGAAACAGAGCUGCGUCUGUUGGCCUGCUUCAACAGCACACGGAACAUACCCGGCAUGAUCAAUCUGAUAGAGUCAUCUCGGGGGACCCGACGCCGAGCUCGCCUCUGCGUGUACGCCACGCACUUGAUGGAGCUGUCUGAGAGAUCUUCGGCAAUCUCAAUGGUUCACCAAGCCCGCAACAAUGGGCUGCCUUUUUGGAACAAGAAACGCGACACCAAAGAUCAAAUGGUGAUUGCGUUCGAGGCGUAUCAGCAGCUAAGCAGCGUGUCGGUGCGUCCCAUGACGGCCAUCUCAUCCCUGGACAGCAUUCACGAAGACAUUUGCACCAGCGCCCACCAGAAGCGGGCUGCCAUGAUUCUACUCCCCUACCACAAGCACCAGCGUCUGGACGGCCUUAUGGAAUCUUUGGGCCACUCCUUCCGCCUUGUGAACCAGCGGGUACUCCAGCAGGCCCCCUGCUCCGUCGGGGUUCUGGUGGAUCGGGGCUUGGGAGGCACCUCCCAGGUCUCCUCCAGCCACGUCUCCUAUGCAGUGGCUGUGCCCUAUUUCGGCGGACCCGACGACCGCGAAGCUCUUGCUUUCGGGCUCAGGAUGGCGGAGCACCCAGGCAUUAUGUUGACAAUCGUAAGGUUCGUGCAGCAGGCCGCUAGUGAUAAAUCCAACGAUGAGGUGUUCUUCGCGGACCUGAUGGCGAAUAUUGCCAGCAAUAAUAAUAUGAAUGAUAAUGAUAAUAAUCAGGAGUCAUCAACGAUGCCAUCGAUGUCAUACGAGGAAAGGGUAGUAGGAGGAGGCAAGAGUGAUGAGGCGGAGAUUGUGACGACAGCAUUGAAGUCGAUGAGCAAGUGCAAUCUGUUCCUUGUGGGACGAACGCCGCAAACAGCGCCGCAGCCGCUCUCGACGUCGUCGCACAGAAGUGAGUGUCCGGAACUGGGGCCGCUUGGGAGCUUUUUAGCAUCCUCCGACUUCUCCACCACUGCGUCGGUUUUAGUGGUUCAGCGUUAUGACCCUGCCGCCGCCCUUCGGCACCCACUUGUAGUGGAGGAGCAAACUGAUGAGGAUCAGGAUGUCCCAGACACACCGGUGUGA